AUGCACAAGCACCAGCACUGCUGUAAGUGCCCCGAGUGCUACGAGGUGACCCGCCUGGCCGCCCUGCGGCGCCUUGAGCCUCCCGGCUACGGGGACUGGCAGGUACCCGACCCCUACGGGCCAGGUGGGGGCAAUGGAGCCAGCGCCGGUUACGGGGGCUACAGCUCGCAGACCCUGCCCUCGCAGGCGGGGGCCACCCCCACCCCCCGCACCAAGGCCAAGCUCAUCUCCACCGGCCGGGAUGUGGGGCCAGUGCCCCCUAAGCCAGUCUCGGGCAAGAGCACCCCCAAACUCAACGGCAGCGGCCCCAGCUGGUGGCCCGAGUGCACCUGUACCAACCGGGAUUGGUAUGAGCAGGUGAAUGGCAGUGAUGGCAUGUUCAAGUAUGAGGAGAUAGUCCUUGAGCGGGGCAAUUCUGGCCUGGGCUUCAGCAUUGCUGGUGGCAUCGACAACCCCCAUGUCCCCGAUGACCCUGGCAUCUUUAUUACCAAGAUUAUCCCUGGUGGAGCAGCUGCCAUGGACGGGAGGCUGGGGGUGAAUGACUGUGUGCUGCGGGUGAAUGAGGUGGAUGUGUCAGAGGUGGUGCACAGCCGGGCAGUGGAGGCGCUGAAGGAGGCCGGCCCUGUGGUGCGGUUGGUGGUACGGAGGCGACAGCCCCCACCAGAGACCAUCAUGGAGGUCAACCUGCUCAAAGGGCCCAAAGGCCUGGGUUUCAGCAUUGCUGGUGGGAUUGGCAACCAGCACAUCCCAGGAGACAACAGCAUCUACAUCACCAAGAUCAUUGACGGGGGUGCUGCUCAGAAGGAUGGACGCCUACAGAUCGGAGAUCGGCUGCUGGCGGUGAACAACACCAAUCUGCAGGAUGUGAGGCAUGAGGAAGCUGUGGCCUCGCUGAAGAACACAUCUGACAUGGUAUAUCUGAAGGUGGCCAAGCCAGGCAGCCUCCACCUCAACGACAUGUAUGCACCCCCCGACUAUGCCAGCACUUUUACUGCCUUGGCUGACAACCACAUAAGCCAUAACUCCAGCCUGGGUUAUCUCGGGGCUGUGGAGAGCAAGGUCAGCUACCCUGCUCCUCCUCAGGUUCCCCCCGCCCGCUACUCUCCUAUCCCCAGGCACAUGCUGGCUGAGGAGGACUUCACCAGAGAGCCCCGCAAGAUCAUCCUGCACAAGGGAUCCACAGGCCUGGGCUUCAACAUCGUGGGAGGAGAGGAUGGAGAAGGCAUUUUCGUCUCCUUCAUCCUGGCAGGAGGCCCAGCUGACCUGAGUGGGGAGCUGCGCAGAGGAGACCGGAUCUUAUCGGUGAAUGGUGUGAACCUGAGGAAUGCAACUCAUGAGCAGGCUGCAGCUGCUCUGAAACGGGCUGGCCAGUCAGUCACUAUUGUGGCCCAGUACAGACCUGAAGAAUACAGUCGCUUUGAAUCGAAGAUACAUGACUUGCGAGAACAAAUGAUGAACAGCAGUAUGAGCUCUGGGUCUGGGUCCCUGCGAACGAGUGAGAAGAGGUCCUUGUAUGUCAGGGCCUUGUUUGAUUAUGACCGGACUCGGGACAGCUGCCUGCCGAGCCAAGGCCUCAGCUUCUCCUAUGGUGACAUUCUACAUGUCAUUAACGCCUCUGAUGAUGAGUGGUGGCAGGCGAGACUGGUGACCCCCCAUGGAGAAAGUGAGCAAAUUGGUGUGAUCCCCAGUAAGAAGAGGGUGGAAAAGAAAGAAAGGGCUCGAUUGAAAACCGUGAAGUUUCAUGCCAGGACGGGGAUGAUUGAGUCUAACAGGUCGAUCAAAACGAAACGUAAAAAGAGUUUCCGCCUCUCUCGAAAGUUUCCAUUUUACAAGAGCAAAGAAAACAUGGCCCAGGAGAGCAGCGUACAGGAACAAUCUGAGCUCAUCCCCUGUGGUCUGCACAACUCAGGUCAGCUUGGAAGCCCACACCUCAGACUGCAUGAAGCUUUCCUUGAAGGGUUUGGACAGAAGGGAGUGACAUCCAACACCAGUGACAGCGAAAGCAGUUCCAAAGGACAAGAGGAUGCUAUUUUGUCAUAUGAGCCAGUGACACGGCAAGAAAUUCACUAUGCAAGGCCUGUCAUCAUCCUGGGCCCAAUGAAGGACAGAGUCAACGAUGACCUGAUUUCGGAGUUCCCGCAUAAAUUUGGAUCCUGUGUACCACAUACUACCCGGCCUCGGCGUGAUAAUGAAGUGGAUGGGCAAGACUACCACUUUGUGGUCUCCCGAGAACAGAUGGAGAAGGAUAUUCAGGACAACAAGUUCAUCGAGGCAGGCCAGUUCAACGAUAAUCUCUAUGGGACCAGCAUCCAGUCAGUGAGGGCAGUUGCAGAGAGGGGCAAGCACUGCAUCUUAGAUGUUUCUGGCAAUGCUAUCAAGAGGCUGCAGCAGUCACAACUUUACCCCAUUGCCAUUUUCAUCAAGCCCAAGUCCAUUGAAGCGCUUAUGGAAAUGAACCGACGGCAGACGUAUGAACAAGCAAAUAAGAUCUAUGACAAAGCCAUGAAACUGGAGCAGGAGUUUGGAGAAUACUUCACAGCCAUUGUACAGGGUGACUCACUGGAAGAGAUUUAUAACAAAAUCAAACAAAUCAUUGAGGACCAGUCUGGGCACUACAUUUGGGUCCCAUCCCCUGAAAAACUCUGAAGAAUCCCCUCCAACCAUUCUAUUGUGAACAGAAGAAAUCAAGUCCCUUUUUCCCUCCUCCCUCUUCAUUCCUGUCCCCAUGGGGGAGAACAGAUGACUACUGUUCUUGUCCCCUUUUUUAGAUAUGUCCAAAAAAUUGAGUUUUCUAGUCCUGUUCUGUUUUUUUAAAUUUUUGUUUUGUUUUAGUUUAUUUUUUGGGAUGAUGCCAUCUCACUCAUCAUGUGACUGCGCCCAUUCCUGCAUGGACCUUUCCCAAGCACUAGCACAGGUGCAAAUCCAUCAGAGUCAUUGUUUUCAUAAAACCAAGCAGAAGCAAAGAGAAGAGAGGAGGACUGAUGGAAAGACAGACUGGACAGCUGCGCGGCUUAUGAAGCGAGCCCCGUGCACCCCGCGAGGAGAGGCUCCCAGGCUUUGCUACGAUCUGUACACUGCCUCGUGGCUUGGGACAGCGCGGUCAUGGUGACAGAAAGUAUCUUAUUUAUAUAUAGAUAUAUAUAUGUAAUUUAUAUAAAAUAUAUAGAAAUUAUUAUAUAUAUAUAUAUUAUACACUCAUAUAAUAUAUAUAUAUAUUCACACGCAUUUGGACUAGAAAAUCUAUGGAGACUUCAUCAAUGGUACUGUGUUAUUAGAGAAAUGCUUUAAUUUUCAUAUUCCAAUCAGAUGGCAUCUUAUAUCCCAACUGGUUGGGGAGGGAGUGAAAGUGGUAGUAAGUGCUGUACCGAGGGCACCCGCAUUGGUCAUUCUCUUGAGAGCUGGGCUUUUCUUUAGGAGGGGUCAGCCAGAGAACGGUGAGGAAAGGGCUUUGGCCCGGGGACCAGAGGCUUGGAGCUGUGACCCUAGAGCCGAUGCUGCCCUUGGAGCACAGUCAGGCCCGCGUGUGGGGAGCGAGAGAAUGGCUAAAGGUGCUCCCACCGUAUUAAAUUGCCGAUUGUUUUAUGCCACCUGAUGUGUCUGCAUGAGAGGUUUCCUUUUUGUUCAUUUUUAAGCUGCUGUUAAACCAAAACCAUGUUGUGCUACUGUGUCAGCCUUUUCAUUCUUCCAAAUUUUACUUUUACUAUUUAAGUGAAUGUGUAGAAUCCAAUUUGACCGUGUUCUAAAGGCUCAUGAUGUUCUGGAGGAGCCGGGCCUCGUGAUAGACUAGGUGACCCGGGCAUGGCCAUCCCAUCAGCGGAAAAGGAAGUGGGGGCAGGUGAGAACCGACAGGAGCUGGGCCUCCUACUGUAACGUGUCCCUUCACUCACCUGCCAGGGACAUGCUGGGCUCAGCCGAGGCCCUGUCAUGGGGCCCACUGGCAGGGACGGGGAGUCACUUGCCUUCCAGCUCUGCACUGGGACAGUGGAACGGCCCUGAGCUUGGCCAGCCGCGUAAUGAAAAGUUUGAUUUGGGUUUUUUUCGCAGCUGCUUCAUAUGCCCUACCUACCCCAAUCCUUCACCAACAGCUGGUAGCUUACUGUUUCUUCAAGAAGAAAGUAGACUUUAAUGCUGUCGAUUUGAGCUGUAGAGCUACGAUUCACUUACUGUUGAGAUGUGAAACCUUGUUGCUUUUUCCCAGAGUCAGACGGCAGUGAUUGCGGUCAAGGGGUUUUUUCUCUGACCACAAACGCAGGCAGCAGGUGUGGCGCGGGCCCCGCCCCACCGCACCCCACCCCACCAUGCUCCUUUGAAGCCACCAUGCUUCCCUCAGCUCCACGCUGGAGGCACGACCCAGGGGAGAAGAGCGGGGACAUGCUUGGCCCCACGGUUGAGCCUGUUGUUUCCUAGCCCACUGUGUUAACAACCGGUGCAAACCAUACAUGUCGAAGAUGCUUUGAGUGCUACCAGCCAGAUUUAGGAAGUCUGUUAACAGUUCUCCUACCAGCAUGAUGAGGCUAACUGUAAAGUGUGGAGCCCAGAAUGUGGGUAAAGAAAGGGCGGCAGGGCUUCCCUGGUGGCGCAGUGGUUGAGAAUCCGCCUGCCGAUGCAGGGGACGCAGGUUCGUGCCGCGGUCCGGGAGGAUCCCACAUGCCGCGGAGCGGCUGGGCCCGUGAGCCAUGGCCGCUGAGCCUGCACGUCCGGAGCCUGUGCUCCGCAAUGGGAGAGGCCACAACAGUGAGAGC